AUGACGAUGGCGGAAAAUGAAACUCAACUUUCAAAUACAAGCAAAAGUUCUCCAAGUAAGACAGAAUUGGCGAGUAGUGGCGAUGUCUACAUGAUGCAUGAACGUCUUGUCGCCUAUGCACACAUUAUUGCUGGAGACCCAGCGUACAUACAGGACGAGCGGUGUGGCGUGUGGCACGAGCACUCGUACGCGCGCGCGCGUGACUCGUCCGGCUGUGCGCUGGACGCGCGCGAACUGCUGGCCGCCGCGCCGCCCUCUCCCCCCUCCGCCGCCGACGACGACAUCGACGUGGAGCACGUGCCGCGCGACCGCGCCGCCGCGCUGCUCGCCGACCUACCCGGCCAAGAACACGACGUCGACGAUGACGACGACGACGACGACGAGGAGCAGGAGGACGAGUGGGAGGAGCGCGUGACUAUGCAGGCCCCGAGCGGCGCGCACGCGCGGCUGGCGGGCGUGGCCGUGGAGGCGGUGCGGCAGCUACGGCUGGCGCGGCUGGCGGGCGCGGGGGCGGCGGGGGCUGCGGGGGCGGUGGGCGUGGCGCUGCGGCGCGAGCAGGCGCGCGCGGGGGCGCGGCGGCUGCGCGCUGCGCUGGCGGCGAGCUGCGCGGGGCGCGCGGGGGUGGCGGGGGGAGCGCGCGCCGCCGCCUGGCUGCACGGCGCGCUGAGCGCCGCGCUGCCGCGCCGCCAGCGCGCGCUGUACGUCGAGCUGCUGGCGGAGCUGCGCCGCGCCGCACCGCGCCUCGCUGAGCGCUUCACGCCACACCUGCCGCCGGUCCCGCCCGACCCAUUAGACCCCACCUAUGACGCGUGUGCCGCUGGUGGCGCUGCCGGCGCCGGCGAGGCGCUGCUGGUGUGGGUGUCGCUGGGCGGCGCGGCCGACGCGCGCUGGCUGCGGCGCCUGCGCACGCUGCUCGACGUGCGCGAGCUGCGCGCCCCCCGCCCCUCCCCCACCUGCCCCGCCGCCCCCGCCUCCCCCACCGCCCCCACCGCUCCCACCGCCCCGCCAGACCGCUGGUGCGCCGCCGUCGCCACGGCCGCGCGAGAUCAACUGAACGACAUCCUCGCACACGUACAGUCCCGGUUCGUGGUGUUGGGGGGCGUGGGUGCGAGUGCGGCGCUGUGCGCGUGGCUGGCGGCGGGCGCGGGCGGGGGUGCGGGCGGGGCGGGGAGGGUGCAAGCCUUGUUGCUGCUGGCGCCGCCACUGCUGACGGCAGAGGGUGCGCGAGAUGAUCCCGACGACAUACUACACGAGGUGCGCGUGCCGGUGCUGGUGGUGGCGGGCGGCGGCGGCGCGGCGUGCGGCGCGGGCGCGGCGCGCGAGCUGGUGGCGCGGCUGCGGGCGGGCGGCGGGGCGGCGGGCGGGGCGGGCGGGGCGGGCGGCGCGGGCGGGGCGGGCGGCGCGCGGCUGCUGGCGCUGGGCGGCGCGGACGACGCGCUGCGCCUGCCGCCCGCGCUGCGCCGCCGCCUGCGCCUGCCGCAGCACGCGCUCGACGCCGCGCUCGCGGACGAGUGUGCGCGCUGGGUGCGUGAGGUGGCGCGAGACGAGCGACUCGAGCGAGACGAGCGCAGCGAGAAACAAGAACGCACAGACAAACACACCGCCCACAGCACAGAAAUGGAAGUGGAGGAGGACGAAUAUGCACAUCUGUCUGUGACCACGCCGCGAGCUGCAGGGGCGCGCGUGGUGUCGCGCGUGUCGGGCGGCACGCCGCUGGCGCUGCUGCCACCUCGUCGCGACCUCCCGCAGUCUUCGCAGCCGUCGCAGCCGCCGCAGCCGCUGGACGUCGCGGACAUCCUGCAAUUGCCCAUCGUGUUCGCAGACGACGAGCCGCCCCCGCUUGUUCCGUCAGUACAGUCGAGCGGGCGCGGGCGCGGGGGCGGGCGCGGGGGCGGCGGCGCGGCGCGGGGGCGCGGCGCGCGCGGCCGCCUCACGCGCGUCAUCGUGGCGCGCCGCGCGCCCGCGCCCACGCCCGCCCCCGCCCCCACACUAGCAACGCGUGACGCCACCCUAGAGUGCAACAACCGUACUACGUGGAACUAA